AGUCCAUCUCGCCAACGGUGGCAGUGUGGCACCGCCUCCGCUGCUCAGGCUCAUCCUGUCCUGUUCCUGCUGCAGGUAGCUAGCUAGCCAGCCCGCCUGCUACCUUUGAUCUCUUCUCCGCGCCCACCACCCCCAUAUCACUUUCUUAUCGACGACCGCUAGCUCCAUCCCGUUCCCAGCUCCAGACCAGAACGCCCACGACUAGCGUCGCCACUUGCCGCGCCCAACUUCCUCGUGACCCCUUGCUCCCUCCAGCAGCCGCAUCUUGCAAGCUUCUACUGCUACGCUCAUCAUUCGCGACCAAGCGAGCUUCCUCUCUCCAUGUCCUUUGGCAAGGCGGACAUGAGCAAGGAGGGCAUGUACCAGGAGCGCAAGGACGUGCCGGCCACACGGUUCGCGACGCCGCCGCCGAUGCGCCACCGCCAUGCCGGCCACGGUGACCAGCAGCAGCAGCUGGAGUGCUUCUCUGAUGAGGUGGACAGCCGGGGUACCGCCGAGAUGAAGGAGCCUGGGGGCAGUGCGGCCGGCUCCCAGCUCGUUUCAGGCGGCGGCGUUGGCGACGGGUCGAGCAUCGAGGUGGCCAAGAAGCGGAGGGGGCGGCCGCCGGGGUCCAAGAACAAGCCGAAGCCGCCCGUGGUGAUCACGCGGGAGGCGGAGCCCGCGGCGGCGAUGCGGCCGCACGUGAUCGAGAUCCCCGGGGGCCGCGACGUCGCCGAGGCGCUGGCGCGCUUCGCGAGCCGCCGCAACCUCGGGAUCUGCGUGCUCGCCGGCACCGGCGCCGUCGGCAACGUCUCGCUCCGCCACCCCUGCCCCACGGCGCCCGGUGCUGCCCCGGCCGUCGUCGUCUUCCAGGGCCGGUUUGAGAUCCUCUCCAUCUCCGCCACCUUCCUGCCCCCGGCCAUGGCCGCCGUGGCGCCCCAGGCCGCGGCCGUCGCUGCCGGGCUCUCCAUCUCGCUCGCCGGCCCGCACGGCCAGAUCGUCGGCGGCGCAGUCGUGGGCCCGCUCUACGCCGCGACAACAAUCGUCGUCGUCGCCGCCGCCUUCACGAACCCCACCUUCCACCGCCUCCCCGCCGACGACGACGCGCCGAUGCCCGUCUCCGUGUCGCUCUCCGGCAGCGGGGACGCGGACGAACACCGCGCCCGUCAGCACCAGCCAGAGCCGCAAGAGCAGCGCCACCAACGGCGGCACGUGACCCCGUCGGCAGCGCAGCCGGUGGAACCUUGCGGCGUGCCCGUCUACGCCUGCCACCCGCAGCCGCAAGAAGUGAUGUGGCCGCUUGCUGCUCGCGCGCCGCACCAACCGCCACCCCCGCCGCCACCGUACUGAUCAGAGAGAAUGUGUACGCCCUUUUACCAGAUUGCCUGCAUCCUGCAAGGUUCAUGGCUAGAUCUGCAUUAACCUUAGCUGCACCUUAGGGUUUAACUCUCUGUUUUCUUGGGCUUCUACUUCUGAUUUCGACAUUGAUCCGCAUUUCGUACGGGAAACUGAGAAUUGAAUGUCAAUCUGCGUUUUCUUGCAA